CUUUGGUUGACCAAUGCUUGUGGGUCGAGCAACAACAAAUAUCUCUGCAGAGUUGCUAGCUAGGUGGUUAGUUAGCUAGCUGUCAAAAACAUGCUUCUUCAGACUUUCAGGCCAUGGCUGACCCUGCUUCGUUGCAGAGGAUUGCCAGUAGCAACAACACGACUAUACCACGGUGACAGAGUCGCAGCCGUCGGUACACAGCCUGACACACAGUCCGUGGAGUAUGCGGAAAACUAUGAACGAAUGCAAGUCCUUAUUGAUGAGUUGAAAGGCAGAUCGGAGAAAAUCAAAUUGGGUGGAGGAGAACGUGCCAGAAAUCUGCACAUCUCCAGAGGGAAGCUGCUCCCCAGAGAACGUAUAGACAGACUGCUGGACCCCGGGUCUCCGUUCCUGGAAUUCUCCCAGUUUGCAGCAUAUGAACUCUAUGGGAAAGAGGAGGUUCCAGCAGGAGGCAUCAUCACAGGAAUCGGCAGAGUCUCAGGGGUGGAGUGUGUUAUUGUUGCUAACGACGCCACGGUGAAAGGAGGCGCCUACUACCCAAUCACAGUGAAGAAGCACCUCCGAGCCCAGGAGAUAGCUCAGCAGAACCACCUGCCAUGUAUCUACCUGGUGGACUCCGGAGGAGCCAACCUCCCCAGACAGGCCGAGGUCUUCCCAGACAGAGAACACUUUGGACGGAUCUUCUUCAACCAGGCUCGCCUCUCCUCAGACGGAAUAGCACAGAUAGCCGUGGUUAUGGGGUCGUGUACAGCAGGGGGAGCGUAUGUCCCGGCCAUGGCUGACGAGAGCAUCAUCGUCAGGGGUCAAGGAACCAUCUUCCUGGGAGGACCCCCUCUGGUAAAAGCAGCAACAGGUGAGACUGUCUCUGCUGAGGAUCUUGGAGGGGCGGAUCUUCACUGCAGGAAGUCGGGUGUAACAGACCACUACGCUCUAGACGAUAGCCACGCCCUUCACCUGGCUCGCAAGGCCGUCCGCAACCUCAACUACACCAAGAACAUACAGGUGACCACAGAGACCCCCGAGGCUCCUCUCUACCCAGCCGAGGAGCUGUAUGGCAUCGUAGGAGCCAACCUCAAACGCAACUUUGAUGUCAGAGAGGUGAUAGCCAGGAUUGUCGAUGGCAGCCGGUUUGAUGAAUUCAAAGCCUUAUACGGAGAUACAGUGGUCACAGGCUUCUCCAGGAUAUUUGGUUACCCUGUUGGAAUCAUCGGUAACAAUGGAGUCCUGUUCUCAGAGUCUGCUAAGAAAGCAACUCAUUUCAUAGAGUUAUGCUGUCAGAGGAACAUUCCACUCAUCUUCCUACAAAACAUCACAGGCUUCAUGGUGGGCAGGGAGUACGAGGCAGGCGGCAUCGCCAAGGACGGGGCUAAGAUGGUCACGGCGGUUGCGUGUGCCAACGUGCCCAAGAUCACGGUGAUCAUCGGCGGCUCGUAUGGAGCGGGCAACUACGGCAUGUGUGGCAGAGCAUACAGCCCCCGGUUUCUGUACAUGUGGCCCAACUCCCGUAUCUCUGUGAUGGGUGGCGAGCAGGCUGCCACCGUACUCGCUACCAUCACUAAAGACCAGCGGGCCAGAGAGGGCAAGGAGUUCACAGCAGAGCAGGAGGCCGCCAUGAAGGAACCCAUCGUCAAACGGUUUGAAGAGGAAGGAAGCCCCUACUUCUCCAGCGCUAGGCUGUGGGAUGACGGUAUCAUCGACCCGGCUGACACACGUCUGGUUCUGGGAAUGAGUCUCAGUGCUACACUCAAUGCCCCGACACAGAGGACACGCUUCGGAGUGUUCCGGAUGUAAACAUCCACGGGUCCACUAGAGGCCCACUAGAGGACAGACUAAACAUCCACAGGUCCACUAGAGGACAGACUAAACAUCCACGGGUCCACUAGAGGCCCACUAGAGGACAGACUAAACAUCCACAGGUCCACUAGAGGACAGACUAAACAUCCACGGGUCCACUAGAGGCCCACUAGAGGACAGACUAAACAUCCACAGGUCCACUAGAGGACAGACUAAACAUCCACAGGCCCACUAGAGGACAGACUAAACAUCCACAGGCCCACUAGAGGACAGACUAAACAUCCACAGGCCCACUAGAGGUCCACUAGAGGACAGACUAAACAUCCACAGGUCCACUAGAGGACAGACUAAACAUCCACAGGUCCACUAGAGGACAGACUAAACAUCCACAGGCCCACUAGAGGACAGACUAAACAUCCACGGGUCCACUAGAGGCCCACUAGAGGACAGACUAAACAUCCACAGGUCCACUAGAGGACAGACUAAACAUCCACAGGUCCACUAGAGGACAGACUAAACAUCCACGGGUCCACUAGAGGCCCACUAGAGGACAGACUAAACAUCCACAGGUCCACUAGAGGACAGACUAAACAUCCACAGGCCCACUAGAGGACAGACUAAACAUCCACAGGCCCACUAGAGGACAGACUAAACAUCCACAGGCCCACUAGAGGACAGACUAAACAUCCACAGGUCCACUAGAGGACAGACUAAACAUCCACAGGCCCACUAGAGGACAGACUAAACAUCCACAGGCCCACUAGAGGACAGACUAAACAUCCACAGGUCCACUAGAGGACAGACUAAACAUCCACAGGCCCACUAGAGGACAGACUAAACAUCCACAGGCCCACUAGAGGACAGACUAAACAUCCACAGGCCCACUAGAGGACAGACUAAACAUCCACAGGCCCACUAGAGGUCCACUAGAGGACAGACUAAACAUCCACAGGUCCACUAGAGGACAGACUAAACAUCCACAGGUCCACUAGAGGACAGACUAAACAUCCACAGGCCCACUAGAGGACAGACUAAACAUCCACAGGCCCACUAGAGGACAGACUAAACAUCCACAGGCCCACUAGAGGACAGACUAAACAUCCACAGGCCCACUAGAGGUCCACUAGAGGACAGACUAAACAUCCACAGGUCCACUAGAGGACAGACUAAACAUCCACAGGCCCACUAGAGGACAGACUCUGGAGCCAGUCUGUACUGUAUCCUGAAUAGGGCGACCAAAACGGAACCCUAUUCCCUAUAUAGUGCACUACUACCCCAUGGGCCCUGAUCAAAUCUAGUGCACUAUAAAGGGAAUAGGGAGGCAUUUGGGACAAUAGUGUAUUUUGUAGAAACAGUAUAUUGCACAACCCCAGGUAGCGUUGUCAGUAGUGUGUGGUGCCUGACAAUAGAAGAAGAUUUUUGUUCUGGAAAAUGUAUUAAACUGUCACCUUUGUUCCAACUGAAUCCGUAUCCUGUAAAGGGGGACAUUUACACACAACUCUUGACUUCAGCAUAAAUCAUGAAUCAGUGUCAAUAAGGAGACUUGUGUUUUAAAAGUCUGAGAUAAAGUAAUCGAGCCAGAAUAGUAAAGUGUCCUCCUGAUCACACUCAGUGCCUCUCUACUUCUUCUGAUAUGGUCAAACAUCAUAUCACUCUGCCUCUCUGGGCGUCUCUUUCUUUCGAACUCUGUCUUUUUGUGUGUUUGUUGCUUCUAUUUUCUCCAGAUUUUGGAUUAACAUUCUGGUGUUCACCAAUUAAAUGAACUGGCCACACAUGGAAA